CAAAUUCGAAAUUCCUCAUCCAUUUAUGGCUCUGCUCAACUUGAGCCAUUAACACUGGGUGAGGAAAGUGGAUUACACUGCUACCCACUAGCCAAGUAAUUGAAGUUCCAAAUUUCCACCGCCCCACCAACCGUCAAUUGAAGUUACUCGAAGCAAACAUCGAAAAACGCACUUCCAUUUUUGGUUCUGCGAUUAAAUAAGAGCCAAUCGGACGCCCAUUUUGUCUCAUCUUCAAAAGGAAUCAUGGGUUCGAAUCAAAACCCUCCCUCUGGUUUAUAAUCCGAAGCUGAACUACUGAAUUCUUCAUAAUCCGAAGCGGAACGAUCAAAAUGGCUGUUCUCCGCUCACUUUCCAUGCUUGGUUUGCCGCUUAAUUCUCCAUCUGCUGUUUAUAAUGCCCAUUUUGACUUGGAUUUUGGGUGCAAAACCCCUCUGUAUUUUCAUUUGAGUAACAAAAAAAUUGUAGAUAGGAACAAACCCAGAUGCCAAAAACCCAGAAAUUGGCAAGCUAAAUUUCUUGAUACAGGCUUCUCUGGGGCGAAUUUGAGAAGUGAAAAGUUCAUCGUGAGGACAAAAUCUGUAUUGAGCGUUGAUGAAGAUGUGGAGAGCGACGGCGAUAGAACAGCAGGAGGAAGCGAGGAGAAGAGCCAUUAUGAUGCUAUUGUUAUUGGGUCAGGUAUUGGGGGCUUGGUUGCUUCUACUCAAUUAGCAGUGAAAGGAGCUAAGGUCUUGGUUUUGGAGAAGUAUGUGAUUCCUGGUGGGAGCUCUGGUUAUUAUCAGAGGGAUGGCUAUACUUUUGAUGUUGGAUCUUCUGUAAUGUUUGGUUUCAGUGAUAAGGGAAAUCUAAAUUUAAUUACACAAGCUUUGUCAGCUGUCGGUUGUGAGAUGCAAGUGAUUCCCGAUCCAACCACUGUUCAUUUCCAUCUACCUACAAAUCUUUCGGUAAGGAUUCACCGAGAAUACAGUGAAUUUAUCGAAGAACUUGUUAGCAAUUUUCCCCAUGAAAGAGAAGGAAUCCUCAAAUUCUAUGGAGCCUGUUGGAAGAUAUUCAAUGCUUUAAACUCAUUGGAAUUAAAAUCGCUGGAGGAGCCGAUAUACCUUUUCGGACAGUUCUUUCAGAAGCCUCUUGAAUGCCUGACACUUGCGUACUACUUGCCUCAAAAUGCUGGAGACGUGGCUCGGAAGUACAUAAACGAUCCCCGUCUAUUGUCAUUUAUUGAUGCAGAGUGUUUUAUUGUUAGCACGGUGAAUGCUUUGCAAACGCCAAUGAUAAAUGCAGCCAUGGUUUUAUGUGACAGGCAUUUUGGUGGGAUAAACUACCCUAUUGGUGGUGUUGGUGGAAUUGCAAUGUCCCUGGCAAAGGGUCUCGUUGAUCAGGGCAGCUCAAUAAUGUAUAAAGCUAACGUAACGAAGAUAAUAACCGAAAAUGGAAAAGCUGUAGGUGUGAAGCUGUCUGAUGGAAGGGAGUUCUUUGCUAAAACUAUAGUAUCAAAUGCUACCAGAUGGGAUACCUUUGGAAAGCUGUUAAAAGGAGUGGACCUUCCCAAGGAAGAGGAAAACUUUCAGAAACUUUAUGUUAAGGCCCCAUCUUUUCUUUCAAUUCAUAUGGGGGUGAAAGCUGAGGUUCUACCGCCUGACACAGAUUGUCACCACUUUGUUCUUGAGAGUGAUUGGAGAAGGUUAGAGGAGCCAUAUGGAAGCAUCUUUCUGAGCAUCCCGACUGUUCUCGAUGCAUCGUUGGCUCCGGAGGGACGUCAUAUCCUUCACAUUUUUACCACUUCUUCCAUAGAGGAUUGGGAGGGGCUCUCCAGAAAAGAAUACGAAGAGAAGAAGGAGCAAAUUGCAAAUGAAAUCAUUUCUAGACUUGAGAAGAAACUAUUUCCAGGCUUAAAAUCAUCUAUUGAUUUUAUGGAGAUUGGGACACCGAAGACACACAAACGAUUCCUAGCUCGUAAUAAUGGUACCUAUGGACCGAUGCCACGGGGAACCCCUAAGGGAUUACUUGGAAUGCCAUUUAAUACAACUGGUAUAGAUGGGCUGUAUUGUGUCGGUGAUAGCUGCUUUCCCGGACAAGGAGUAAUAGCUGUAGCCUUUUCCGGAGUGAUGUGUGCGCAUCGAGUAGCUGCUGAUAUCGGGCUUGAAAAGAAGUCCCCCAUUUUGGAUGCUGCUCUUCUUCGGCUACUUGGUUGGUUAAGGACCUUGGCUUGAGUUCAUGGCGCUGUAAAUGUUUUACACGGUCUGCUGUAAAAGGAAGAACAGAAAGGUGCCGCCAACAUUUUAUGUUCAUGGAUUUGGAACUAAACCUCUACUGUUAAAGGCUACUAUAUUUAGCUGUUUAAAUGUUCUAGCUAGAUGAUGCACCUCCAGGAGCAAGCCGUACCGACGAUAACACGUCCCGUUCAGCCUUCGAUGCUAUCACCGUCUCCAAAAGGUAAGUACAUUACCAAGGGAGUUUCCAUAAUAGAGAUUUUUACUAUUUGUUAGACCCUGCAACUCAGAUUCAAGCUCAAGCAAACCAAUGCUCUGAUUGCUUGUAGUAAAUCUUCCUCAGAAAAUCUUUUGCAUUCUGUUUCUGUUAAACUCCUGAUAGUUUCAUCCUCCUCAACGAAAUGUAAGCUAAGAGACGAUACCCGAAAGCCAUGGUGAUCAGAGCAGUAACUUCGACUACUCCGUUGUCCAUUUUCAUACCCUUUACGGUAGGUAGGAUGUUGUUGUACUGUACCUUUAGGAGAAGCUUGUAUGUGUGAUAGUUGAAAGACACGAAACGGAUCCAAGACACGAACACCGGAACUUUCUGCAAAAAAUGAUAUGAUAUGUGAAUACUUUACCAUACAUCUUAACGUUUUCAAGGUUAAAAUUCGAGCCUCGUAGUAUAUCACUCAUUCCAUCUUGUUACA